GCCGCCGCCGCCGACGCCGCCGCCGCCGCCGCCGCCGCCGGAGCUCUGUAGUAUGGCAUCGAGGAGAAUGGAGACCAAACCUGUGAUAACCUGUCUCAAAACCCUCCUCAUCAUCUACUCCUUCGUCUUCUGGAUCACUGGAGUGAUCCUGCUGGCCGUUGGAGUCUGGGGCAAACUCACUCUGGGCACCUAUAUUUCCCUUAUUGCCGAGAACUCCACAAAUGCUCCCUAUGUGCUCAUCGGAACUGGCACCACUAUUGUCGUGUUUGGCCUGUUUGGAUGCUUUGCCACAUGCCGUGGUAGCCCAUGGAUGCUGAAACUGUAUGCCAUGUUUCUGUCUCUGGUGUUCCUGGCUGAACUCGUGGCUGGCAUUUCCGGGUUUGUGUUUCGUCACGAGAUCAAGGACACCUUCCUGAGGACUUACACUGACGCCAUGCAGAAUUACAAUGGCAACGACGAGAGGAGCCGGGCGGUGGAUCACGUGCAGCGCAGCCUGAGCUGCUGUGGGGUGCAGAACUACACCAACUGGAGCACCAGCCCCUACUUUCUGGAGCACGGCAUCCCCCCGAGUUGCUGCAUGAACGACACCGAUUGUAAUCCCCAGGAUCUGCACAACCUGACCGUGGCCGCCACUAAAGUGAACCAGAAGGGUUGUUAUGAUCUGGUGACCAGUUUCAUGGAGACCAACAUGGGAAUCAUCGCUGGAGUGGCUUUUGGGAUCGCAUUCUCCCAGCUGAUUGGCAUGCUGCUGGCCUGCUGUCUGUCCCGGUUCAUCACGGCCAACCAGUAUGAGAUGGUGUAAGAAGUCUUUCAAGAAUGAUGGAGGAAGAGACCUGUUUUCGAAAGGAACUGCAGCAAUCUUUGAAAGACUUCCAAAGAAUGUUAGAGCACAGUACAUAAUACACCUGUCCUAACCCCCUCACCCCGUGCAACUGACACUCCCACACAGUCUCUGCUCCACCUUUGAGCCUGCAUCAUGCGUAGCAUUCCAUCUUGUGAAGCCCUGUUGUGCCAGAGUGUAGCCAGGUUCCCUGCAUCUAGUCCUAGGGGACCCCGCAUGUAGUGUGGGAGGCUCCUGUUAGCCCUUGAUCAUGAUUGAUAAAUGCCGCACCCCCCUAGAUGUAGAUAAGCAGAUAGCUAUCUGUCCUUUUGGCUUAAUCUCCUUUGGUUGGGUUUUCCCUUUUACUAAGGCUCUUUCCUACCUUCUUCAGGCUGCCUAGGACAUGUAAAGAGAUACAUUGGUAAUUGUCCAUGAGGAGAAAAAGGCACAUGUCAUGCACGAAGGAAGUUGUCGAGCUUUGGGUGGCAUCCUUGCUCCUUACUGUUACAUGCCUGGGAACUUAUAGACAGUUUAGUGCACCUGUAUAAUCCUGUUACAAAGCUGUAUUGUUGCUUCCUGUGAAGGAAAUAAUAUUACUUCUGUUUUUCCCCAAUUAACUGCUAUUGUUAUUUUACUUCUUUCUAUAUUUUUUCUUUGCAUUGACAUUACAGACAUCGAGGACCUCAUCAAAUCAAUUUAAAAAUGAGUGUGAAGGGGGAACAAAAGUCAAAAUAUUUUUAAAAGAUCCUAAAAAACAAUUCCUCUGUCUCGCAUGCCAACAAGAAUGCAUUGAUAUUGUGAACAUUUGUGAUACAUGUGUUAAUAAAUAGUCAUUACAAA